UGUGAUAGCGUUCAAACGAUCAACGAAGAAGAAUUAAAUGCUGUAGCAGGCUGUGGCGUUGCUAAUGCGGCGUUUUGUUUUGUGUUUUUGGCGCACAUUCAAAUUUUAAUGACUGUUUUAAAAUAACACAAGUUACGUAAAAAGAAGAGGAGCUGCCGCUAAACGUGCUGUGAAGAUGAAGCUCAACAUUGAGGGUCUGCUGGUGUAUUUUCCCUAUGACUACAUCUACCCCGAGCAGUACUCCUACAUGCUGGAGCUGAAGAGGACGCUGGACGCCAAGGGUCAUGGAGUCUUGGAGAUGCCAUCAGGAACAGGGAAGACCAUCUCUCUACUGUCCCUCAUUGUGGCCUACCAAAGGGCUUUCCCUCUGGAGGUCACCAAGUUAAUUUACUGCUCUAGAACAGUUCCAGAGAUCGAGAAGGUUGUGGAGGAGCUGAGGAAGCUGAUGGAGUUUUACACUAAAGAAACAGGAGAGAGCAACAACUUCCUGGCUCUUGCUCUUUCCUCCAGGAAGAACCUCUGCAUCCACCCUGAGGUGAGCUCUCUGCGCUUCGGUAAGGAAGUCGAUGGGAAGUGCCACAGUCUGACAGCAUCGUACGUCCGCGCACAACAUCACAGCAACCCCAACCUGCCCGUCUGUCGCUUCUACGAGGAGUUCGAUUCAGUCGGCCGACAGGUGCCUCUUCCUGCUGGCAUCUACAACCUUGAUGACCUCAAGGCCUUUGGCAGGAGGAAGGGCUGGUGUCCUUACUAUCUGGCUCGCUAUUCAAUCCUGCAUGCCAACAUUGUGGUGUACAGCUACCACUACCUGCUGGACCCCAAGAUAGCUGAUCUGGUGUCUAAAGAGCUGGCAAAGAAAUCUGUAGUGGUAUUUGAUGAGGCUCAUAAUAUCGACAACGUGUGCAUCGACUCCAUGAGCGUAAAUAUCACCAGGCGAACGCUGGACCGCUGUCAGACCAACGUGGACACUCUCCAGAACACCAUACACAAGAUAAAGGAGACGGAUGCUGCUAAGCUGAGGGAGGAGUACAGACGCUUGGUGGAGGGGCUGAAGGAAGCCAAUGUGGCGAGAGAAACCGACAUCUACCUCGCAAAUCCGGUGUUGCCUGAUGAAAUCCUUCAAGAGGCGGUGCCUGGCUCUAUUCGUACAGCCGAGCACUUUGUAGGUUUCAUGAGACGCUUCCUGGAGUAUCUGAAGUCUCGUCUGAGGGUCCAACACGUCGUACAGGAGAGCGCGCCGCAGUUCCUUAAAGACAUUUUCGAAAAAGUCUGCAUCGACCGCAAGCCUCUAAGGUUUUGUGCAGAGCGGUUGCAGUCGUUGCUUCGAACUCUGGAGAUCGCCGACAUCGCAGACUUCUCAGCUGUUACUCUCAUCUCGAACUUCGCCACUCUCGUCAGCACCUACAGCCAAGGCUUCACCAUCAUCAUCGAGCCCUUUGAAGACAGAACUCCGACCAUCGCCAACCCCGUGCUGCAUUUCAGCUGCAUGGACCCGUCUAUAGCCAUCAAACCAGUUUUCCAAAGAUUCCAGUCAGUCGUCAUCACCUCAGGGACACUUUCCCCCCUGGACAUCUAUCCCCGCAUCCUUGACUUUCGCCCGGUUACCAUGGCGUCCUUCACCAUGACACUGGCGCGCACCUGCCUCUGCCCUCUGAUUGUUGGCAGAGGAAACGACCAGGUGGCCCUGAGCUCCAAGUUUGAGACCAGAGAAGAUUUCGCUGUGAUUCGGAAUUAUGGUAACCUGCUUCUGGAGAUGUCUGCGAUCGUUCCCGAUGGGAUUGUGGCGUUUUUCACCAGCUACGUCUACAUGGAGAACAUCGUGGCGUCCUGGUAUGAACAGGGAAUCCUGGAGAAUAUCCAGAGAAACAAGCUGAUCUUCAUCGAGACUCAGGAUGCUGCAGAGACGAGCAUGGCCCUGGAGAAAUACCAAGAGGCGUGUGAGAACGGCCGAGGAGCCAUCCUCCUGUCUGUGGCCAGAGGAAAAGUGUCUGAAGGGAUCGAUUUCGUGCACCAUUAUGGCCGUGCUGUCAUCAUGUUUGGAGUGCCGUAUGUUUAUACGCAGAGCCGCAUCCUAAAGGCUCGGCUGGAGUACCUUCGGGAUCAGUUUCAGAUCAGGGAGAACGACUUUCUGACGUUUGACGCCAUGCGCCACGCGGCUCAGUGCGUAGGCAGAGCCAUCCGAGGCAAAACUGACUAUGGACUCAUGAUUUUUGCUGACAAGCGUUACGCACGAGCAGACAAACGUGGGAAGCUACCCCGCUGGAUUCAGGAGCACAUCAACGACGGCAGUCUGAACCUCACCGUGGACGAGGCCGUGCAGCUUUCCAAGCACUUCCUGCGGCAGAUGGCUCAGCCUUUCAGACAGGAGGACCAGUUGGGUUUGUCUCUGCUGACUCUCGAGCAGCUGGAGUCGGAGGACAUGCUGCAGAAAAUCACUCAGAUUGCUCAUCAGACCUGAAGGUGACACGAACCGUAUGACAUUGUCACCACAGCAGCACCAUAAACAGAGUCAUCAGCUGUCACCAGACUAGGGUUAAAUAUGGGUCUGCUCUAAAAGGGCAGGUCCACCUUAACUUUAGGAAGGAAAAACUCAGAAUUAUGUUUUAAGUGUCUGUUUUCCCCCAAGUGGUAAAAAUACUGUAAAAGUAUUUAAAGUAUUUUCAGCUCUGCUGGUGACAGUAAUGACUUCUGACAGGAGAGCCGCUCCCACACCAACGAUGUGAGCCUCAGUCAAAGCCGCUCAUGGGUCAGUCAGUAUUUAAGGUUGCACUCGGUCUGCAGAGUAGACCAUCUGCAGACCUUUGAACCACUUAAGUACAUAUUUCAGUACUCUGUUCAGCUUUUCACUGAAGUACGGAGCAGUAAACUGCUGCCAUGAAACUUAUUUUCCCCUUUAUUAAUCAAAGGAAGAAGCCUUUGCUUCUGCAGACGCACAUGCUACAGAAAGUCCAGCAACACUGACUAAGUUCUAAACGUGCGUGUUUCAGUCUUCAGCAUUACCGUGAUGCAGAAGUUUCAAUUCAUUUAGUUUUUUUAAAAAUUUCUUUUGAUUGGUGAAAUGUGUCAGUAGGUCAGCGUGUUGCAUCAGAGAUGUGACACUAACACUGGUGUCUGUGCAGCGUCUGUCAUACAGACAAGAAUACUGUCAGGUUCCUUUUCUACUGCAGCUGUACAUAAAUGCUGUUUUAUACUGUUUUCCAACCAGGAAGCUGGAAUAUAAAUGUUUGUAUUUAACAGCUGACUUGUGUUUUUCUUCUGUGGGAAGUGUUUGAAUCGAAAGUGUCCAUCCAUCACUCGCUGAUCUUAAUAUUUAGACAAAAAGGGCUUUAAUUUAUGAAACCCUGAAAACAUUUUCAGACAAACACAGAGGAAAGAAAACACACAUACAAGGGUUAUCGGUGUCUUAGUUUAAUUUAUUACAGCUCAAAUUUGCAAAUAUAAAACAAAUAUUCAUCUUUUCCACAUUCUUACAUGUGCUUCACUCAGCUUGUAACAGACUGUCGUGUAACAGCAGCUAACACGGUGCGACUUCAGCCCUUUAAACAGACUGCAGUGGCUGUCUUCUACCACUGCAAAUGCAAAACAAGAUUCCUACGAGGAGUCUCAUGGAAUGAAAAUCUUCAUGGAUCAGGUGGUAAUGCUGCUUUCAGGGACCCAGUCUAUUAUCAGAAUUCUCAGGUGUUUGUGUAAAACUUGUUAUUCAACGCUCUUUGUAACAAAUCUUCAGUUCAACUAGUUUAAAAAAAUAUCUCUAAUAAAUAUCAGAAAGUAGAAUUUUUGUAGUAGUAGAUUUCAGGCAUUUCAGUGAAAAGCAUAGAUGUAACAUUAGACGAAUACCUCAAUAUCUAAACGUAGGCUACCUCAGUAGUUGAUAAUGCUACUUCUACCAGCGUAGAGUGAAAGCCUCGAAUGCACCAUCAUAUUUAUGUAUCACUCGGCUGCUGAGCGAUCCACCCGUCCCCUCCUUUGCUCUCUCAUUGCUUGUUGGCUGUCUCAUGAUUUGAUUACUUUCCUGGUUAGACAUCAGUGAUGUUUGCCAGAAACAUUUUCAACUUGGCUACAAAGCUGUACCGCCGCUGCUAUUUUUUCAUCUCAACCUCAAAACCAGUUUAAAAUUAUCAGGCCAAAGCUGACAUUUGGGCACACAGCAACAAACCUAGGGAGACUUUUACACAUCUGAAAUUCAAAAUGCAACAAACGGAUAAUCAAUAAAUACUGAACAUAGGCUACGUUCACGCUGCAGGUCUUAAUGCUCAAUUCCGAUUUUUUGAUCAAAUCCGAUUUUUUUUUGUCUGCUUGUUCACACUACAAAUAAAAUG